UAAAAAGGACAAAUAUAUCAUUAUUUUUUAUACCACAAGGCCUAAUGGUCGAAGGAAGAGAAGAUUUGUACAUAUACAAACAAGUAACUAUUCCAAAUUUAUAAUUAAGACCGAUCACAAUAAUAUUCUCCGAUGGCUAAACAUUAAAUCAUCAUAACAUUAGAUGUAAACACUUUAUUAAAUCCGUGAUCCAUUGGGGAUUAGUUUGACGGCAAAUUUUAUUAUGGUAUAUCAAGACGACCAAGACAAGGUAGACAUUUCUUUUUUGUUUCCCUCUCAAUUUCUAUACUCCAUCAUUUUCCACAGGCCAAAAGAGCCAACAAGUAAAAAACAAAAUCAGAGUAUUUUAAAAAUUGCGACAGGCCAUUUCGAUCGGGACAGAAGGAAUUCAAUUUUUUAAAAGUUCACAAUAUUCCUCAAACAACUCUUAUUAUUGGUCCACUUGUCGGUGUGAAUGACAUUUUGUUCUGUUAUCAAGAGAACAACAUUGGAGAGAAAAAUUACUAGCAGCAAAUAGGAGCUCAAUGUUGACUUCAGUACAAAAUAUUUGUAAAAUUUGUCUGCUUGCUAUUGAUGCUUUACGAAAAGAUUAACAGAUUGGAUGAUUCUCUGUAAUCAUUAAUUCAUUAUUCACAAUCAUUGAAUUGAAUCAGACAGAUUAUUCCACCCGGAUUUUAAGUUUCUAACCAAAAACCUCAUUGACGCGAUUUAAACUAAACUAAAGAAGUCGGUCAUAUAAAAUUCUUGCCGACAUUUUAGAGAUUUUUAGAUAAUAAGAUGUUAUCUGCUUACUAUCGUAAAUUCUUAAGACCUCGUCCAUUAUAAAUGUUGUUAACAUAACAAACGGAAGAAUAAAAAUAAAAAUAAAAAAAUUGAGAGAACAUAUACAAGCAAAGAUCCUCUUCUUUUUGUUUUCAUGUAGGAAUCUUAAAUCUGAUAUAUACUGAACAUUGCUAGUUUAUUUUGAAAAUUGGAACGUUAUAAUGUACUUUAUGUCAAAAUUAAUUUCAUCAAAGCAGACUUUUCCUACACCUAAUUAAUCCUUCCAUUUUGACUUUUCUCCUCACUGCUAAGAAAUCCACACCUAAAAUAUCCCAAAUUUUCAUAAAAAAAUUAGAACAUAUGUGUCAUUUGUCUUUUACUCUAAGCAGGCCCAUUUGGUCAUUUCUUAACACUAAGUAUGUAGGCUCUAUCUGUGGGAGAUUGGUGGUAUAUGUUGUCUCAAUCAUCAUAGUACUGAGACAUGUUUUCUUGUAUCAGGACAAAUUUAAGACGAUAGAGAAUUAAUGGCAAAGACGAAAUCUGGAGAGAGACAGAGGAAAGGGUUAUGGUCACCUGAAGAAGAUGAGAAGCUAAGAAGCUUCAUACUCUCUCAUGGCCAUUCUUGCUGGACCACUGUUCCCAUCAAAGCUGGGUUGCAAAGGAAUGGGAAAAGCUGCAGAUUAAGAUGGAUUAAUUACCUAAGACCAGGGUUAAAGAGGGAUAUGAUUAGUGCAGAAGAAGAAGAUACCAUCUUGACGUUUCAUUCUUUCUUGGGUAAUAAGUGGUCGCAAAUCGCAAAGUUCUUACCGGGAAGAACAGACAAUGAGAUAAAGAACUAUUGGCACUCUCAUUUGAAAAAGAGAUGGCUCAAGUCUCAGAGCUUACAACAUCCAAAAUCUGUUUCCUCUUCUUCAUCAUCAUCAUCACUUGUUGCUUGUGGAAAAAGAAAUCCGGAAACCUUGAUCUGUGAUCAGGUGAUCUCCUUCCAGAGACUUCUAGAGGACAAAUCUUCGUCUCCAUCACAAGAAAGCAACGGAAAUAACAGUUAUCAAUGUUCUUCUGCUCCUGAGAUUCCAAGGCUUUUCUUCUCUGAAUGGCUUUCUUCUUCGGAUCCCCAUAUCGAUUAUUCCUCUGAUUUUAUAGACUCUAAGCACAACCAAGCUCCAAAUGUCAAAGAAACUGUCUCAGCUUAUGAAGAAAUGGGUGAUGUUGAUCAGUUCCAUUACACCGAAAUGAUGAUCAACAACAGCAACUGGACUCUUAACGACGUCGUGCUUGGUUCCAAGUGUAAGACUCAGGAGCAUCAUAUUUGAUCAAGAGGCCUCAGAUUGUAAAUUCUUCUGCUGAAUUCUUUUCUCCUUCAACAGCGACGUAAAUUAAGUCUAAUGAACUGUAAAUCAAAUUUAUCUAAAUGAAAACCUCUAUUUGUCUGAA